AUGGCGACAGAAUCUUGGAACAAGGAAAAAGAAGUCUUAAGAAAAAGGAUAGAAGAUUCAAUUCUCCGUGCAGAGAUGUUAGCACCACCAUCCUUGGAACAUGAAGAAGCAAGACAUGUCAAGCAACAAAAAAUUAUUCGUGAUCAUGACUCGUGGGAUGACCUCGGGAAAUUGAAUAAAAUCCUCAUCAAGCUAGACGAGAGUGCCAAGGUGGUUGAUGCCCUUAAUGACCUCAAAUAUAAGUCUGCGGAAGCUAAACUGAUUACAGAGCUGGAUACUGUAAAUUAUGAGCUUUUCAAGCAGGCAUAUUUUGCAUUUGUAGAUUUAAACAAGUUUUGGGAUAAGUAUGAGAUGUCCAAGUUUCUUAAAAAAACAUAUGAGAUGGAGGGAGCAUGUCUCAUAAUUGAAUCUAGACAUGGAGACAUUUACUCGGAAAAUGCCCUUUAUAACUCAUUAGUGAGUAGGGAUGAUAAUUGGGCUCGUCGGCUUGAUCGGAAAAAACCCCGAGCCGGCUUGACUUAG